UAAAGCUCUGUCGAGGCCCAUUCUUCUUCUUCCUGCUCUGGACUCGCGGGUUUAUGUGGAUCUUAGCGAAGCUGAGUCCAAACUCUCAGAAAAGGAGUUGCUGCGCGUUUUCCUUUUCCCACUUAACGCGCGUGGAUGGUUCUCUCCAGACUUUCGAGGCUUGCGCUUGAGCUCCUUUACCCUUAGAGGGAAAGCUUUUGCCUUUACUUUGACGUGCGUUUACCUUUAUUAACAUUUCAUAGCAAAUCAGUUUCCUGGAGUUCCAGAGAAGUUGCGUGUACGCUCGUGUGAUAACGUCAGUGUAAGCUCCUUCGAGUAAUCGAGGGAAAUCCAGAAGUUUGGAGCACAAAAAGCCAGUAAGAUCCACUUUAUAUAAACUUCAUGCAUUUGUUAGCAACUACCCAGGUUUAACUUAAGAGAUGUUAAAUUUUCGCCUUGUCCCAUUAGGCUCAGAUCAGUACUUCCUAACUGCAUGUAAAAUAGGAGUGGAGGAGGAAGGCAAACCAAAACAAACUGCCCUAGGUUCCAGAUAAGUCACCGGGGCGAUUUUUCCUGGUGAAUUCAUCCUGGGAAUAUAUGAGUUCCUAGAUUUCCUGGACUUCUUGAACCGUUCCUUAACCAAAUCAUUGUCUUUUCUCUAGCGGUAUUUUUUGAGACUAGUGUGUACAUUAAUCCUUAAAAAAAAAAAGUCAUUAAAGAAGGCCAAAAUGAUGAUUCUUAAGUUAGUAUUGGUCUUUCAGUGUUUGUUUUUUAGCGGUUUCACUUUGGGGAUGGAGGUGUUGAUUGUAUAAAAGCUAUGGAAAUAACAACCUACUUUGAUGUUCACCAGGUCAGAAAGGUGAGGACUUUUCCUUAGAAAAAGCAAAUUGGCUUGUAUGCUAAAUAAGGAAGACCAAUUUAUUAACUAAGAACUUGUUUAAAUGGACAAGCACAAGUGUCCAAUACAUUAAAUCUCUGAAUCAAGCAGUCAAACAUCUCACUUUUUCUCCCAUCCCUAGCUCCUUUCAUAUCUUUACAAAUAGUAUUGUCCUAAGACUGGAUUUGAAGUUUUAAAAAUAGGAAUUAGCUGAAUUAAUUUGGUUUUACUUAAACUAGUCUUAUAUUUUUACAUUUUUCUCUUUUUUGGUUCAUUUUUUUCCCUGCUUAUAAAAGGAAUAUAUGCUCACUAUAGGAAAUUCGUUAAUUGUGGAAAAGUAUAACGAGGUGGGGCGGAAGAACCAUGAGCCAAAAACACCAUCACGUUUAACUUUUUAUUAUUAUUAUAUUUUAAUGCAAGAUCUAUUUUAAAACUUUAAGUAUUCACAACAUUCGCUCUCCUUUCUACUGAUUUUUAAUGUAACGUUGGGUAUUUGAGGGUUGGAUGUUAUACUGCUCUUCAUUCCCAGAAGCGUGGAACUUCAAGAUGGGAAAGACGUUUAGCUGUUAUCCAACCACCCAACCUUUAAGAUUCUGAAACCCAUUUACUGAGGAUCCAGUGAUUCAUGCAGAAUUGUACAGCACUGAGUAGCAAAAUUGAUUGACUCUAGAUUUCCCGAUUGAUUCUCUCUUUCUUCAGCAAUUCUUGCUGCUUACGGGGAAACGUGACACUGCCUGUGUCUGCAUAUCUUUGAAAGCGAGAUUCAGAGAGGAGCAGGAGAUAAUUUUCAAGGAUUUGAAAUGUAUUUUUUCAUUUAUGUAUUCAUUUUUCUUUUUACAUUUUUCAGGGCUGGGGGGUUCUAGCAUCUUCCAGAAAGCAGGACCACACCUUCCAUCUUCACCCCAUUCAAGACUCCGUACUAAACUGGGGGGUGCUCUGAGAAACCCUGAGACUGUGACCCCAGCCUGGGAGAAGAUAGGAUCAAGAUGGCCAUGUGGCAGGGAGCCAUGGAUAACAGAGGCUUUCGGCAGGGAAGUUUUAGUAGCUUCCAGAGCAGCACCAGUGAUGAAGACUUGAUGGACAUACCAGGGACAGCUAUGGAUUUCUCCAUGAGAGAUGAUGUUCCUCCCUUAGACCGAGAAAUAGAAAAGGACAAGUCAUACAAUGGUGCAGGAAUAGUUUCUGCAAAUAGGAUGAUGGACUUCUUGGAGGAGCCAAUCCCUGGUGUGGGGACCUAUGACGAUUUCAAUACAAUCGACUGGGUGAGAGAGAAGUCCCGAGACCGGGAUAGGCAUCGAGAGAUUACCAAUAAAAGCAAAGAGUCAACAUGGGCCUUAAUUCACAGUGUGAGUGAUGCUUUUUCUGGCUGGUUAUUGAUGCUACUUAUUGGUCUUUUAUCAGGUUCCUUAGCUGGUUUGAUAGACAUCUCUGCUCAUUGGAUGACAGACUUAAAAGAAGGUAUCUGCACAAGAGAAUUCUGGUUUAACCGUGAACAUUGUUGCUGGAACUCUGAGCACGUCACUUUUGAAGAGAGAGACAAAUGCCCAGAGUGGAAUAGCUGGUCCCAGCUUAUCAUCAGCACGGAUGAGGGAGCCUUUGCCUACAUAGUCAACUAUUUCAUGUAUGUCCUCUGGGCUCUCCUAUUUGCCUUCCUUGCCGUAACUCUUGUCAAGGUUUUUGCACCUUAUGCCUGUGGCUCCGGAAUCCCUGAGAUAAAAACUAUCUUGAGUGGUUUCAUUAUUAGGGGCUAUUUGGGUAAGUGGACCCUGAUUAUCAAAACCAUUACAUUGGUGCUGGCAGUAUCAUCUGGCUUGAGCCUGGGCAAAGAGGGCCCCCUAGUGCACGUGGCUUGCUGCUGUGGGAACAUCCUGUGCCACUGCUUCAAUAAAUACAGGAAGAAUGAAGCCAAGCGCAGAGAGGUUUUGUCGGCUGCAGCAGCAGCUGGUGUAUCUGUAGCUUUUGGGGCACCUAUUGGCGGAGUAUUAUUCAGCCUAGAAGAGGUCAGCUACUAUUUUCCCCUCAAAACACUGUGGCGUUCUUUCUUUGCUGCUUUGGUGGCAGCAUUUACUCUACGUUCCAUCAAUCCGUUUGGGAACAGCCGCCUGGUUCUAUUUUAUGUGGAAUUUCACACCCCAUGGCAUCUCUUUGAGCUUGUGCCAUUCAUUCUGCUGGGCAUAUUUGGUGGCCUGUGGGGAGCUUUGUUUAUUCGCACAAACAUUGCCUGGUGUCGGAAGCGUAAGACCACCCAGUUGGGCAAGUAUCCUGUCGUAGAGGUACUCGUCGUGACAGCCAUCACUGCCAUCCUGGCUUUCCCCAAUGAAUAUACCCGUAUGAGCACGAGUGAGCUCAUCUCGGAGUUAUUUAAUGAUUGUGGCCUUCUGGACUCCUCCAAGCUCUGUGAUUAUGAGAACCGUUUCAACACAAGCAAGGGGGGUGAACUGCCUGACAGACCUGCUGGCCUGGGAGUCUACAGUGCAAUGUGGCAGCUGGCUUUGACACUCAUACUGAAAAUUGUCAUUACUAUAUUCACCUUUGGCAUGAAGAUCCCUUCUGGCCUGUUUAUACCUAGCAUGGCUGUUGGUGCUAUAGCAGGCCGACUUUUAGGAGUAGGAAUGGAACAACUGGCUUAUUACCACCAUGACUGGGCCAUCUUCAAUAGCUGGUGUAGUCAAGGAGCUGAUUGUAUCACACCUGGCCUUUAUGCAAUGGUUGGGGCUGCAGCAUGCUUAGGUGGAGUGACUCGGAUGACUGUCUCUCUUGUUGUCAUAAUGUUUGAACUAACUGGUGGCUUGGAAUACAUUGUGCCUCUAAUGGCUGCAGCAAUGACAAGCAAGUGGGUGGCAGAUGCUCUUGGGCGGGAGGGCAUCUAUGAUGCCCACAUCCAUCUUAAUGGAUACCCCUUUCUUGAAGCCAAAGAAGAGUUUGCUCAUAAGACACUGGCAAUGGAUGUGAUGAAACCCCGGAGAAAUGAUCCUCUGUUGACUGUCCUUACUCAGGACAGUAUGUCUGUAGAGGAUGUAGAGACCAUAAUCAACGAAACCACUUACAGUGGCUUUCCAGUAGUAGUGUCCCGGGAGUCCCAAAGACUUGUGGGUUUUGUCCUCCGAAGGGAUCUCAUUAUUUCAAUUGAAAAUGCUCGAAAAAAACAGGAUGGGAUUGUGAGCACUUCCAUCAUUUAUUUCACUGAGCAUUCUCCUCCAGUGCCACCAUACACUCCACCUACCCUGAAGCUUCGUAACAUCCUGGAUCUCAGCCCCUUCACUGUGACAGAUCUUACACCCAUGGAGAUUGUAGUGGAUAUCUUCCGCAAGCUGGGACUGCGUCAGUGCCUGGUUACACACAAUGGGCGAUUGCUUGGAAUCAUUACCAAAAAGGAUGUGUUAAAGCAUAUAGCACAGAUGGCGAACCAAGAUCCCGAUUCCAUUCUCUUCAACUAGAAUCGCAGUGCUGUGCUGGAUAUAAAAUAGGAAGGACACUGCAGACCAUGGAUAUAUUUUAUUAACUGGGUAUCCAAAACACAUUUCCCAUAUUUGGAUGGUGAAGUUAUAUUAGUAUGUUGUCUCUUUCCUGCAAGUUAACCAGUUGCACUACAUAAUCUCUGCAAAUUAAUCUUCUCUUUAGGAGAAAAUACAGUUAGGCUUCUGUGAUAAUUGUAUUAGGAAGAUUUCAUGAAAGAGUAAAAGAAGAUUACUGUUGUUUAAUUUGAUUUAAGAUAUUUUUAAUUAAAAAAAUUAUUGUUAGCCAAUAUGCAAUCACUGAAAACUAUGCAAGAAAAAUUACAACCAUCUUGACCUAUAGCCUUCAUGAAACUCAUGAAAAAAUCAACUUUUUUGAGCUCUGUCAUUGGUGGAAGAUGAAGUCCAAACUAAGGGGCUUCGCUUUCCAACCACAGAAAGGAAAGCCAGAAGGAAAAUAGUAAUGGUAUUUUGUAGACUGUGAAGAUUCAGUUCAAAUGUUAUCUUUUUCCUGUUACAAUAUUUAGCAUUAUUAGUUUUGUGUGUAUAUAUGUUAAUUUUAAUUUCUGAUUAUAAGACAAUGCUGCUUGAUUAAUCUCCUUUAAAUGAGUGUAGAGAGGUUGACUUUUAUAGCUUGCUUGUUCUGGUACUCUUUUGAAGUGCACAAAGAUGAGUUACAGAGCUUUCUGCUUGUCUGCAGAAAGGAUAAUUUUCAGAUGGUAUUUGUUAGCUAGUAGACAGGGACUUUGCUGUGCGUUUGUCAGUAGCAAGGAAUGAUUUCUUUCCAGUUUCCUUGAAAUGAAUGAUUAGUAAAGUUCUAAGCAAAGUCACUGACUAGGAAUUUCAUAUUUUUGUGAGAUCCAAGUAAUCCUCUUACCCACAUGCCACCUCCACGAAUGAUGGUGGUUUAGGCUUCUGGAAUAUGUAUGUAAGAAUAGUAAAGGGAACUAAGUCUAGACUGCAUACUGGUAAAUCAGGGAAGAUCCAGAACUGCAUCUGCGUUCCUUCACAAAGACCACCAGUACUAAAAUAAGUGGACACUCAUGCCCUCCUCCCAGCAUUAAGUAUGUACAACAGGCCAGUGUUGUCCCUGUGAGCAUGAAGUAGGCUUGGAGUACUUUCAGAUAUACUGGCAUCGGAACAGGAUAGGCAGCUGUGACUCCCUUUUGAGGCUCCUUAUAAUUCUAAAUAAAAAUGCAGAUCCAUUUUAAGACCCAGGGGUAUGGACAAGGCCUGGUGACACCAAAGGUGCUUGCAUCCAAUUGAAAAGGUGCCUGUGUCAAUUCCCUACCACCUUUACUGCACUGUAGGGACACCUGGUGGGAUUACAGAGCCACCACCAUCAUUCCUACCACUAUUUUCAUAUUCUAUAGUUUUACCCACAUACAAUUAUUCCCCUUCCAUUCUCUUCCCCUUUCUACUCCUCAGUACUGAAUCUUCUCUUUGGGAUUGAGCAUUAUGCCUGGUUAAUCAUUGAUAUUACAAAAAAAUAACUCCUGGGGCUAGUUAAAUUUUAUCCAAAGCUCAGCAACCUUAUAACACAUGAACAAGAGGUGACACACAGCCAUUUUCUUUGCCAUGUGGCCCAGUUGCUGCUGCCAUUCCUCCAUUUCCACACGCAUGCUCAUGGCAGUGAGACUUAACUGCCAGUGGCGAGCGUCCAGCCUUUCCCAUUUUUCAAGUCCGUUCUCAACACUUCUAGCCAUUCUUCUAGCCCAGAAUCAACAGUCAGUCAGCAUAUCCCCUCCACCCCUCUCCCCCUACCCUGAACACCUUAGUAUACCUCAUUGUAAAAAUUGCUGAUCACUAUGCUAGGAAUUUUAUCCCUAGUUGCUAACUUUCCACAAUCAGAAAUUCUUUUAUUGCAUGGAACUGGGUAGCCAAGGCUUAUUUUGAUUCUCAUCUUUCAAAUAUAAAGGCAUUCCUAAGAGUUUCUCAUUUUAAGUUCAGUGAAACCUAUGAGAGCUGGAACUCGAUGGGACUACCUUGUUUUUCCAGGUCUCCC